UGCUCCCAUCGUCAGUCGCCGCCCGAAGCAGGCCGCCGAAAGCCGUGCCUUCGCCAUCCGUUUGCACUCCUCUCAUACCGGGUUUUAGUUUCGUAUCACGAUGACAUAGCCCCAGUGCCGUGCGACGAAUCAACGUGAAAACGCACACAUUUUUAAGUUUUUCCGUUGGAACGAGGGAACCGUAAAGGUCUUCGUUUUUGCAGAACUAGGGACAUUCUACUCCGCUCCAUCGAAGAACACAGGCGUUACGAAGAGGCGGCUUGCUCUCUUUUUUAACCGCCUUUUCCAAUAAAGACUAGCGAAAAUGGGCGAGCAUGGCCGUACCGACUCGUACCGCGUCGCCACCAUCGGCCCCAUUAAGGAUGAUAAUAGAACAGCUGAUGGACAUUACAAGACACGGCGAAAACCCCCUGCGAAGAAACGGAAACCUGGAGAUUUAGAAGAUCUUAAACAAGAAUUGGACAUCGACUACCACAAAGUAACGCCCGAAGAACUCUACCAAAGAUUUCAGACGCACCCAGAAAAUGGCCUUAGUCAUGCAAAAGCGAAAGAAAACCUUGAACGAGAUGGUCCAAAUGCACUCACACCCCCAAAACAGACGCCCGAGUGGGUGAAGUUUUGUAAAAAUCUAUUCGGUGGCUUCGCGUUAUUACUGUGGAUUGGUGCUAUACUAUGUUUUAUUGCCUACGGAAUCCAGGCGAGUACGGUAGAAGAACCUUCAGACGACAACUUGUAUCUCGGAAUCGUGUUGGCCGCUGUCGUUAUCGUCACGGGUAUCUUCUCAUACUACCAGGAAAGCAAGUCAUCAAAGAUCAUGGAGUCUUUCAAGAACAUGGUACCUCAGUUUGCGACCGUCAUCCGUGAAGGUGAAAAGUUAACGUUGCGCGCUGAAGAUCUUGUACUUGGUGACAUUGUUGAGGUUAAAUUCGGUGACCGGAUCCCAGCUGAUAUUCGUAUCAUCGAAUCACGCGGUUUCAAAGUGGACAACUCGAGUUUAACUGGUGAAUCGGAGCCACAGUCCCGCGGACCUGAAUUUACGAACGAAAAUCCUUUGGAAACCAAGAACUUGGCCUUCUUCUCUACUAACGCUGUUGAAGGAACUGCUAAGGGAGUUGUCAUUUGCUGUGGUGAUAAUACUGUCAUGGGUCGUAUUGCUGGAUUGGCGUCUGGCUUAGACACCGGAGAGACACCUAUCGCAAAGGAAAUCCAUCACUUCAUCCACCUGAUUACUGGUGUUGCCGUAUUCCUCGGUGUUACGUUUUUCGUCAUUGCAUUCAUUCUCGGUUACCAUUGGCUCGACGCUGUCAUUUUCCUUAUCGGUAUCAUCGUAGCUAACGUACCUGAAGGUCUGCUCGCCACUGUAACUGUAUGUCUGACUCUCACUGCCAAACGUAUGGCUUCCAAGAACUGUCUUGUAAAGAACUUGGAGGCUGUAGAGACCCUCGGAUCUACGUCCACUAUUUGCUCUGAUAAGACUGGUACCUUAACCCAGAACAGAAUGACCGUCGCUCACAUGUGGUUUGAUAACCAGAUUAUUGAAGCAGACACCACCGAAGAUCAGUCUGGAGUUCAGUAUGACCGCACUAGCCCCGGUUUCAAGGCGCUCGCUAAAAUCGCAACUCUGUGCAACCGUGCCGAAUUCAAGGGUGGUCAGGACGGUGUGCCAAUCUUGAAGAAAGAAGUCGCCGGCGAUGCCUCAGAAGCUGCUCUGCUCAAAUGUAUGGAACUCGCGCUCGGAGAUGUGAUGUCUAUCAGGAAGAGGAACAAGAAAGUUUGCGAAAUCCCCUUCAACUCCACCAACAAAUAUCAAGUGUCGAUUCACGAGAGCGAUGACCCCAGCGACCCCCGCCACUUGCUCGUGAUGAAGGGAGCUCCCGAAAGGAUCUUGGAACGCUGCAGCACUAUUUUCAUUGGUGGCAAGGAAAAGGUUUUGGACGAGGAAAUGAAGGAAGCGUUCAACAAUGCGUACUUGGAACUCGGAGGUCUCGGCGAGCGUGUGCUUGGUUUCUGCGACCUGCAACUGCCAUCCGACAAAUACCCAAUUGGCUUCAAGUUCAACACCGACGAUGUCAAUUUCCCUAUUGAUAACCUUCGCUUUGUCGGCCUCAUGAGUAUGAUUGACCCUCCCCGUGCUGCCGUACCUGACGCUGUCGCUAAGUGCCGAUCUGCUGGUAUCAAGGUUAUCAUGGUAACUGGUGACCACCCCAUCACUGCCAAGGCUAUCGCCAAAUCUGUGGGCAUCAUCUCGGAAGGCAACGAAACGGUGGAGGACAUUGCGGCCAGGCUCAACAUUCCCGUAUCUGAAGUCAACCCGAGGGAGGCUAAAGCUGCUGUGGUCCAUGGAACUGAACUGAGGGAGCUUAACUCUGACCAACUGGACGAAAUUCUAAAGUAUCACACGGAGAUCGUGUUCGCGCGCACGUCGCCCCAGCAGAAGCUGAUCAUCGUGGAGGGUUGCCAGCGGCUCGGCGCCAUCGUGGCCGUCACCGGCGACGGUGUCAACGACUCGCCCGCUCUCAAGAAGGCCGAUAUUGGUGUUGCCAUGGGCAUCGCUGGCUCCGAUGUGUCCAAACAGGCUGCCGACAUGAUCUUGCUGGAUGAUAACUUCGCGUCCAUCGUUACCGGUGUAGAGGAAGGCCGUCUGAUCUUCGACAACCUCAAGAAGUCCAUCGCGUACACUCUGACAUCGAACAUUCCAGAAAUCUCUCCCUUCCUCGCCUUUAUCCUCUGUGACAUUCCUCUGCCCCUCGGUACUGUUACCAUCCUUUGCAUCGAUCUUGGAACUGACAUGGUGCCCGCCAUUUCCCUGGCUUACGAGGAGGCUGAAUCUGACAUUAUGAAGCGACAGCCGCGUAAUCCUUUCACUGAUAAGCUCGUUAACGAGAGGUUGAUUUCCAUGGCGUACGGCCAAAUCGGAAUGAUUCAAGCGGCGGCUGGGUUCUUCGUAUACUUCGUGAUCAUGGCUGAGAACGGAUUCCUGCCCUUGAAACUGUUCGGUAUCAGGAAGCAAUGGGAUUCCAAAGCCAUCAAUGACUUGACCGACUCCUAUGGACAAGAAUGGACUUACCGUGACCGCAAAGCCCUCGAGUUCACGUGCCACACCGCUUUCUUCGUGUCGAUCGUAGUUGUGCAAUGGGCUGAUUUGAUCAUUUGCAAGACUCGCCGCAACUCCAUCGUUCACCAAGGCAUGCGCAACUGGGCCCUCAACUUUGGUCUCGUGUUCGAAACCGCCCUCGCCGCUUUCCUGUCAUACACCCCCGGUAUGGACAAGGGUCUCAGGAUGUACCCUCUCAAGUUCGUGUGGUGGUUGCCCGCCAUCCCGUUCAUGCUGUCGAUCUUCAUCUACGACGAGAUCCGACGCUUCUACCUCCGCCGCAACCCCGGCGGCUGGCUGGAACAAGAGACUUACUACUAAACACCGACCACGUCCACACCGCGUCGUGCUACUGUUAGUUAUCGCGUUACCUUCAUUUGUGUUCUACCAGACUGACAGGCGGUGCCGUUCCGGUAUAUGUGUUGUCGCUGUCGUGUUCGCUUCUCACCGCUUGUUGCCGCGUGCGCGUGCGCCGCCGCGCCGUCGCGAUCGCGUCGCGACCUCACUUUGUUUCGAACUAUGUAUAUAUAUAUGUAUAUGCACGGUGUAUGGUGGUGAUGAUAUUAUUACACGUUCCGUUUAAGUUUAUACGAACCGGCCACGGUUUGUCGUUGGUAUUUUGUCGAAUCUCAAGUGUGUUAAGUGCGACAGGCGCGCGCGAUCGUCGAGGGCCGCGUCUGCGUCAGCGAAGCGGAGAAUGUUUUUAAGUACAAACUUCACUACAUUGUUAUCGAUUGCAUUGUCGCCGUCGAUUGUGUUCUAAUAUCUCGUUCCGCUUCGCUCGCGUCGCGGCCCUCGCAGCGGGGCGGAGGGCGUCGAGUGCGUCUCAUACCGAAACGUGUACCGCAUAUCACCGUACCAGUUCACCGUCACUCGAAUAACAUGUAAUACAGUACUAAUAAAAUUGUUUUUCACCUAUACAAUAAGUAAUAAACGUCGUCAGCGACGAGCAGAUAGAGACGCCCGCCGCGCUCCGGGCUCGGCGGCCAACGAAAGCAUUUGUUGUAAAAUUACAGUUAAGCCAUUAUAUUAUUAUUUUAAGUGAAAUUAGAUUAAGUUGAAUUUUUCGUGUGAAUAAAGUUUAGUUGACGAUUCGAUCGGAUGCGUGGUGUGUGAGAGGUCGAUGUGGAGUGCCUGAGUUUUAGUGUACUACCGCUUACUGUUAGGUAGGUAGUUGAAAUUUUGAAGCCAUAUUUUCAAUCGUAAAAGUAGUUAAAAUAAAGAUGCAUACACAACGCGACCGCUUGCGGCGCAGGCGCGGGGGCGCCGCACGCGCGCCCUGUCCGGCGCCCCGCCCGGCGCCCCGCCUGGCGCCCCGCCCGGCGCCCAGCUCGGCGCCCGCGGCCGCCCAACACGACGCUUUUCUUUUUCCAAACUAAUCAGAUCAUUAGAGAAUUUCAUCAUGUUUAUAAAAUAGGCUGCUCAUGGUAAUUAUGUAAGAUUUUAUUUCUUAAAUUAAUUAAAAGAUAAUAACAAAAUGUAGAGAUGCGUAAUUAGAGAUUUUUAAAAUUAUACAGUUAUGAUAGAGUCAUCUUGUUUUAGUCGGCACUCGGCUGUUCUAUGAGCGAGUAGGCUAGUAGUGGAGUAGAGGAGUGGGCGAGGGGAGAGGGGAGGGGAUGGGCGACCACGGCGAGCGUCCGCGGGAGGGUAGAAGGACCGAGUGGACGAUUUAUUUCAAUUUUCGUAACGAAUACAUAUAACAUAUAAUAAUGGUUACAGAAGUAAUAUAUAACAUUAUAGUGACUAAUAAAUCUAAAUUAUAUGAAAUGUUUAUAGAUUUAAAUGAUGUUUGUUUCCUUAGAGUGAUCUUCUGUGCUUGUUCGAUUGGAACGAUGUACAUUUCACAGACAAUAGUCGUUAAAUAUUAUUGAUAUUAUUGUAAUGAUCGGAUCUUUGUAAGCUGUUUGUUUAUCGUACGUACACUGUAGAACUAACAUUGUUUUGCGUUCGACAGUUCUUUACACCGUUUCUUUUUAUAGUAUUACUCUGUUGGCUAGGUGCGCUGUAAAAAUGUAAGUGUUAAUAAAAAAAACAUUUUAAAAUAUUA